AUGCUAAAUAAUAUUAGUGCCAAUCUUCUUAAUUGGAUGAAUCCUAUUACUAGUCAAUUUCUUAAUGAUCAUUUUCUUAUAUACGUAGAAUCCUUAACAAAACUAGCGUGCGAGCAAUUUAUAAUAUGUAUGUCAAGAUCUUUUGAAAAGCUUAUGGAAAAAUCGGAUCCUAAAUCUUUUAAAGGAAUUGCAACAAGUACUAAGAAUGUAAAAGAUAAAAAAGACCAUGGUUUUAUAUAUAAAGAACAUCAUGAUCUUAAAUCAUUUCUUGCUCUCAAAGAUGUUACCAAAAAUACCCCAGUAUAUCGCGGACAGUGGAUAUUACCGGAUAAAAGACUAUGUGUCAUUGGUCCAUGCAAAGCCUUAGCCAAAAAAUGUUCUCCAAAUAUAAUUCGAGAGCUUGAAGGCAUACUUUGUAAGGAAUCUGAAGAAACAUUAUACAUUUUAUCGUCAAUGAACGGUUUUACUGGAUAUGCUAUUAAAAGAUAUAUUGCAUCACCCUUUCCUAUUAUGUUAAUAACGGUUACAGAUAAUGGAAGAAAGUUAGGAAAUAUUUCAUGGAAUAAAGCCGCCGAAGAAUACUUGAAAGGUUUCAAGUAA